UGUGGGCGGAUUUGCGCUGACGUCGCCCACACCGGGGAUUAACUUGUUUUCAUGUCGCCAUAUCUGUCACAUUUUGCCUGAACAGCCUGAAUAAUUGUGGCUUCUCAAUAGAGAGCACUUGUUGGUAUUUUUACAGCCUCAUCCCGCCUUAAAAUAGAGGUUUGUGUGUGUGUGUGUAUGUGUGUAUGUAUGUAUAUGUGUGUGUGUGUGCUGCACAGGAGACUCUCUGCGAUCCUAGGAGACCAUGGAUGCCACAGAGGUGCGCAGCGCAAUGUGAGUGCAGGGAUGAGGAGAGGAGCGCUCGUCGCACUAUGAGGUUACUCUGUUGACGAGCCGUCAGAGAAAUGGGGGCCGACGCCAGCAAAAGUAGGAAGAGGCCUACUGCCGGGCAGGACAAUGAGCACUGCUCAUCUGGAUGGCGUGGGUUCCUCUCCAGUGUGGGUCUGUCUAUCCCAGCAGGCCUCUGUCGCCUGGCCCCCCCUGCUCUGCGUCUUGGGCAGCGUCGAAUGCUCCAAGGCAAGCCCCCUGACAUCCCAGAGCACGUCCUGAGGUUGGCGGGAGUCGGUCCAGAGAAGCUGAGAGCAGAGUGGAGUCUGCCAGCCUUCAUUACCAUGUUUCUGCCUGAGUUCCCCCACAGAGCUGUGCCUGGACACGAACACUUUCAGGUGCUGGGUUACAUUGCCAAGGGUUCAUUUGGACCCAUCCUGAAAGUGAAGGACAGGGCCAAACAGAAAACAUACGCUGUCAAAGUUAUACCUAAGUCGGAGAUACUGAGACUUGGUGUCUUGGAGCAGUCUAAAGAAGAAGUUAUAGUUCAGCGUCAGGUCCGUCACCCAUUUGUCCAUGACCUCCAGGACUGCUGGCAGACACAGCGCCAUCUCUACAUUAUGUUUGACUACUGCAGCACAGGAGACCUGUACACAUACUGGGUGAUGAUUGGUCAGUUCACUGAAGACACAGUGAGAGUAUUUGCGGCGGAGCUGGGAUGUGCUCUUGGCUUCCUCCAUGAUUUUGGGAUCAUCCACAGAGAUGUAAAGAUGGAGAAUAUCCUGCUGACAGACAACGGACACCUCCGUUUAGCUGACUUUGGUCUGUCCCGCCGUCUGGAGCGAGGAGGACGGGCCUUCACCAUUUGUGGCACCAUCCAGUACAUGGCCCCAGAGGUGCUGAGUGGCGGACCCUACAACCACGCAGCUGAUUGGUGGUCUCUGGGAAUUCUGCUUUUCUCAUUGGUUACUGGGAAGUUCCCUGUGCCUCCAGAAGCAGACCACUGCAGCAUGCUGAGGAAAGUAAGGUGUUUUCCCUAUGAAAUGCCCCUCAACUUCAGCCCCCCACUGGCCUUGCUAAUCACUGAGUUAUUGUGCAAGACUCCAAGCCGCAGACUGAGGACCCUCGAUCGCUUCAAACGCCAAACCUUUUUCCAUGGAACUACUUUCGACCUUACCCUGCUUCAGCGCCAACCUGUACAGGUGAUACUGGAGCUGAGAGAGAGACCUGACCGAUCGGCCAAAGCACGACGUGGACUCACCUUGUCCCUGCAGCCUCUAAAGGGCUUCGAUUACGACUCGCUGCUCAGCCCCCCUGCCACACCGGACACACAGCUGGACGCUGACACACACACGCACCCUGCUGCACCCCUGCCUGGCCCGGCACGGCUACAGCAAUUUGCUCAGGAAAAAGGUCUUCACAGAGAGGUGUUUGUGUGAAAGGCUGAGAUUACAGUUUCAGCUACACACAUAUUAAGGGUUAUACAUAAUAUCACUGCAUACUUAUUCACCCUUACACACAGGUGUGGUGCGCCUUGUGAAAUGUAUUGUUUGGUGAAAGCCAAGCCAAAACGACUGAUGACACUUAAACUGGAUUCAUUCUCCACUUUCCCUCUCCCCUCAUUUUUAGGAGCUUGAUGUAUUAGUUCUUGUGCUGUCUUGUACUUUUUUUUUAUUAUUAAAUCUUGUUUGCCUUCCUCCAGUGAGCACCUAUUCACAUCUAUUCAAGCCUAUGUAUGCAACAAUUGUGCAGGAAGGAUCACGCUAUUUUAUUGAACUACUUUCCUUGUUUCAGUGGCAGAACAAACAGACGGUUGCUCCAUCAGUACGUUACGUAGCACCACUAUCAGAUUCAACCCACAAAGGAAAGUCAUAUGAACAGUUGCAGACAUUGUACAGCGUUCCUUUUCUUCCUACGAAUGAUUUGCCAGUCAAGUCUCAGAUAUUUUGGUAUAAAUUUAACAAAAACCCGAUGACAGAGUUGAGCCGUUGGGUUUCCAAGCUGCUGUCUUUGCUGACAUAUGGCAUGACUCAUGUCUAUGUGCAGUAUGUUUUGGCAGCAGUAGGAGGAAGAGGAGUGAGCCCUCGCUUCUGUUUCCCAUGUUAAUACGCUGUGAUCUUUACUCUCACAUGUAUCUUAGCCUAUAUUUUGUUCCUUUCUUUAUGCCAUGAUAAGGAUUACUCCCAAAGGUGACCUGUGCUGCCUAACUUGUAGUUGCAUAAAACUUCUCUUACUGUCCUGUAAAAGUCAUUCAAGCAUCACAGUAUCAGAUUAAGAUGUUUAUGCCUUCAACAACUGGUAGUUUUUUUUUGCAUUUUUCCGUCAGUCACAACCUGGGACUCGGGGGAGCACUCGCUGGUUUUCCCAAGUCAGCCUUGUAUUUCAUUCCAACAUAACACCCAGAUGACUAAGCAGAUGUGUCCAGGAGCUGAUUGAACAACUCUAUUGUUUACCUACAGAGCAAACAUUUUGAUUGAUACAGGGCUUUUUUAUUAUUGUCAAAGGCUGCCAUGUUCUCCAGCCAGUAAUCACACCUUUUUGCACUUGCCUGAUCACCAGAUUAUAUUAUGAUUUUGUAAAUGAUUGCCCUAAUGUAUAUCCAGAAUGCCUCACGUAUAUAUAUGAUCCUGAGUUUGUUUUUUUGUCACAAAAAUGCUUGUUUAUAAUAAAUUCCAAUUUUUAAGAUUUAUAUGACUCUUUUGGAUGCAAUUUUGUGUUACAAACUGUUGAAAUUCAAGUCUAAUGUUGCAUUGUUAGACAGAUGCUUUACUCUGUAUUUUUGUAAGUAUCUUUAGCACAGAAGGAAUAUUAAACUCUGACUGCAAAACUA